AAUAUCUUCCAACAAUCUCAGCACGAUAUAAAAUCUUUGACGUACGAGCCAUCGCGCCAUCCCAGACGGCUGUUCUGUAUAAUAGCCGCUCGUAUCCCCGUUCCCACUUUCUUUGUUGCCUUCCUUAGUUCGGUUUACGAUUGCAUCCUUUUGUGCUGCAGCUGCUCUUGUUCUGCAUCCGGCUAUCGAGGCAAGUCGCGCGUGAACAACAGUCAGCUGUCAAUGCACGUAUGUUAAGCCAGCUGCAGUCUUGCCGAAUACAGGCUUGCUGUAAGAUCGCAUAGCGAGAACUUCGCCGACCACUGCGCAGCGAGCACGUGACAGCCCUCUCGUGAUUCCAUGGAGUCUGUGUACACUCAAGCGUCGACGCUGCUGCAUUUUCCGAGCAGCCAGGAGCUUCUGGCGAGGUUCACGUACUACGAUUACGCGGUGUUCGUGUGCAUGCUGGCCAUGUCCGGCUCGCUGGGCCUGUGGAGCGCCUGGCACGACAGCCGCAGCGACGCCAAGAGCGGCAUCUCGCUGCUGCUGAACGGCGAGCGGCGGCUUCCCGCGGUUCCCGUUGGCGCCUCGCUCAUGGCCAGCUUUAUAUCGGCCGCCUACCUACUGGGAAAUGCGGCCGAGGUGUAUCGCAAUGGAACGCUCUACAUGAUGACCUUCGUGUCGUACGGGCUUGCUUUGGCCGUGACGGCGCACCUGUUCAUGCCCGUGUUCUACCAGCUCCAGGUCAUGACAGCCUACGAGUAUCUGGAAUUACGCUUCAGUCGGAUCGUACGGAUGGCUGCCGUCAUCCUGUAUAUGUUCGAAAUGACAAUUUACAUCGCGAUAUCUCUGUAUGCUCCAGCUCUGGCACUUUCUCAACUGACCGGAAUGACGCUGUGGUCGGCAGUCGUGGCCAUCGGCCUGGUCUGCACUGUUUACACAAGCGUCGGAGGCAUCAAGGCAGUGGUCCUGACGGAUACCUUUCAGGCGGUGGUGACAGUGGUGGCUAUGCUGGUCGUGAUAUCACUGGGCAUGUACCAGAUGGGAGGACUGCAGGCAGUGUGGCGGGCUUCACUCAGCGGCGGCCGUGUACAGUUCGAUGUUAUCGACCCGGACCCCACGGUUCACUACACUGUCUGGGGCCUGGCUAUUGGAUCUUUCUUUAACAACGCAGCCAGCUACGCGACCAACCACAUGAUGGUGCUGCGCUACCUGACUGUACCUACACUCAGCAAAGCCAAGUUCGUGGUCUGGUUGAACUUUCCCCUGCUGUGCAUUGUGUUGUCGCUGAGCUGCUUGGCUGGUCUACUAGUCUACGUAAAAUACGCCAGCUGUGAUCCCGUGGCAGCUCAUCAAAUUUUUUCAGAGGACCAGCUGCUGCCCUACUUUGUGAUGGACGUGCUUGGAAAGAUGACCGGAGUUCCUGGCUUGUUCGUUGCCGGUAUCUUUGCGGCUUCACUGAGCUCCAUAUCAUCUGGAGUCAACGCCUUGUGUGCGGUGUCGUUCGUGGACAUCAUUGCCCUCAUCAAGCCAGACAUACCAGACAAAAUCGGCGCAAAGAUUAUUAUGGCACUAGGGGUGUUCUUCGGCCUGCUGACGAUCGGCCUGGUGGGCAUCGCUUCAAAAAUGGGCAACGUGCUCGCCGCAUCCCAGGUCAUCAACAGCUCAAUCGGUGGACCUCUGCUGGGCCUCUUUACAUUGGGAAUGUUUGUUCCAUGUGCCAACAGCAAAGGGGCCAUCUCAGGACUCAUAAUUUCCCUGAGCUUCUCACUCUGGAUAAACUUGGGUCAAUUCGUCACCUCCAUGGCUCUCGCUAAGCCACCUCCAUCUAUGGACGGCUGUCCCGCUGAAGUGCGAAAUGCAACUUCAGCCACCUUGGGCGUCGUCACGGAAGUCGUGAAAGAAGCCAGCCGUGGUCUGUCACCAGAUAUUUACGCUCUCUCAAGCCUUUGGUACAGCAUGCUAGCCUGGUUCGUCUUGAUCGCGGUGGCCGUUCCAGUCAGCUGCUUCACUUCGACAUCCUCUAGCACAGACACCAUGAACCCAAAGCUGAUAUGCCAAGUAGCUGAUGUAGUCUUCUGGUUUGCGCCGGAGAAAUUUCGAGGUCGCCUAAGGUUCAACAUCGGAAAGGACUACGUUGAGCCAGAAAAGCCGACGAGCCUCGAAAAACGGGCCUCUGCGCCACAAGUAGUCUUUGACUGCGAGAAGAAGGCGGAUAAGAAAAAGCACGAGAGCUCCCUCGCCGCCGUCUCGUACAUACGACGGGGGACGAGUGCGUCUUUAGCGGUACCUCCACCUCCACCUGCCCCGCGGAUACCGCCAUCGUCCUGUGACUUUAAAACGCACAUGUAGAGAGCGCACAGGCGCAUCUACUGCCGACCACUGCAGUCACUGCCUCCUAACCGUCUAAUACACGCUCCGUCCACGCGGAAGCCGUGAUGUUUCAUGGCCUAGAGCACUUAACCAUGAACUAGGAUGUCUGCUUCUUGAAGUUGUGUGACAUUCCUCUUUUGCCGGUCUGUUGCUAGACAGGUUUGUUACAGCGGAGGUAAUGGAGGGAAUGAGAACUAGCGCGGCAGCUGUGGUAUGCUAAAGCGACCUGAAACUUCACCGCCACCUCGCCAUCGCCAUCGCUGUGCCAGUGUACAGAAAAAAGCGAUCUCGUGCCUAGAGUGCUACACUGUGCUAGGCUGGCUAAAACUAGCCAAACGCAGUUCUAGCCACCCUAACUGUGUCGCACAUUAUACAUUGGCCUCUAGGCUUCUUGUUUUCUGGGUUGCUUUCUCAGCUAUUACGUCGGCUAUACAAACUGUGAAAUCAGUGCCGCCAGAUGAAAGUGACAGUGAAGCCGUCCGCUGCCGGUUUUGAAGGCCGGAUGAAGGGAUUUGGCAAUCUCUAAGGGCCUUCAACGUGCGUCUGUGCAGGGAUGCUCAUAAAUGGAAGCUCUUGGCAAAAUUAGAAAUGUGCCCGCAUUUGUGCCUCUCUGGAGUUGUGUACAGUUGUGGACAAGUGCUGGCACUCCAUUCUGCUCCUGAGACCGGCGUUCUAACUGGGAAACUGCCGAUCAAUACAGUUAGCCUCAGAUCGCGUGUAACCUACCAGUCAUCAACACUGAUCCAGCAGUAGCGAAUCAAAUGAAUUACAAAUAUGAGGUUGAGAACAUAGUCAGUGUAAGCCUCGCAAGACACAAGUUUGUGGUUACAUAUAGUGACAACUCUUGAGUGAACUGUUACCUGAAAUGACUGCCUCAAUUACCUUAAUUCACAGCUAGGCAUCUUCACCAACUUAUUUUUCUUUUUCAUCGACUAAACAACACCCACCUAGCCACCAAGCGAAAAGUACCUUUACCGUCAAUAGGAGAGCACGUUCAUGAUCUAGAAAACAUUUGACAUUCAUACCGAUGUAUAAAACACGAUGUGGCAAAUGAAUUGCGCUACUAUCCACAAGGGAAACAGAGUUUCAUGAAAAGAAAAAAAAGAUUCCUUCACCGUAGUGUAGCCCAAAGCUACAAAAGACACCCAUAUUGUUUAUCAAAAAGAAAGCUUUGGAGUUGAGAAAAAGUUCGUCGGGGCCGGUGAUCGAAUUCAGGCUAGAACGAAGUGUAUUUUUGUGCUACUGUCGGGCGCAUGAGUUUUACCCUUCCACGAAACGUCCUUCACCUUGCGGAUUUCAGCAAAGCUUGUUAGUCAUAUUGACUAUCCCGGCGGUUCGAGUUCUAUAGCUUAUUUUGCCCUCGCCAUGUGAUCUGCUAGCUUCCUGAAUAGCCACAAUGACAGAUGGCCACCCCGUCAAUGCUUUUGUUCCAUGUUCAAUCUGAGACGAGUUUUUUUAAACUGCGAAGGUAUCUUUCUUAGAGACCCGUGUUUAUUUUUUUUUAUUUUUUUGUAGAUUUGUGCUACUUUAGGAUUUAUGACAAUAUCCCCUUUCAUCAAACAACUACAACUUCAAAGCGUAAAAAAAUGUUCAGAUGCAGUAUCCUGUUAAGCAAACCUCGGUUGUAACUUUCGUGACUUGAAGUCGCCGAACAUCACACGUUCUUUGCCAAGGCUCAUCUAUUUAGUUCUUGGCCCGUUGUCUAGCUAUAACUUAUCAUGCAGAUUUUCUUUUAUAUGAAGGUAGAGCUCCAUGCCGAAACUCUUAAGGCCGAACUACACGCACGCUUGCCGACGCGCGAAAGCUUGCAACGGCGCGCCUUGCGUUUGCCGCGCCUCGCGAGGAAUGACGGCAUGCAUCUACAAGUACGCGUGCCCACUUUGCUCGCUCUUAACGUUUUGACAGACACCAUUUCGUGCUUCGUUAUUGACAGGGCCUUGAAAUGCAGAAAUAUUCAUAAACAAAUUUGUUUUAUUUUUCGUUAGACAAGCGCGAAACGUAAAGAGAAAGCACAUUCCCGCAUGACAUAAAUCUGCCUCACUGAGUGUUGAUUGUACCACGCCGUAGCUGCAUGGAAAGGCGCGUAGAAACUUGAGGCAGCAUUAGUCGUGCUUGCGCCGCAUUUGGACGCGUAUACGAUCUGUCCCGCACCAUCUGCGCAUGCGUAGGCGCGCCGGCGCGAGCUAUCGCGCGCCGGCAAGCAUACGUGUAGUUUGGUCUUCACCAUAGACGUAACUUAUUUGUACAUACUUGUCAUCUUCUUUAAGAGAUCACGCAAAAGGUGACUAUCUAUUCAACGUGUAAAUAAAGAUUGUGAACAUUCAUUGCAUCCAUGUCUCUUUUUGCUUUUAGUCUGUUACGACUCAAUAACAUUAAACGAAAAUUUGUCAACGUCCACAUGUUCACGCACAGCAUGUAUCUGAUCAAUAAUAUAGCACACGUGUACGCACUUUAGACAACAGAGAACAACACCAGCAGCAGCGCCUCCAGCUCUGCUGAAACAAUUUUCUUCUAGGGCUCUAAAGUAAGGUGAAAAUGCGCAAUUUCUAGAUUGGGACUUGCAUUAAACUUCAGUCUUCCGCAGUCCCUCCUUCGAGUUAACGUAAAGGUAGUGCAGGACUUUAGAUCACAGUUCAUGUCGUGGCACCCUCAUUUGAAAGUGAAUUCAUUGUUGGAAUGGAAAUCCGCCAACGGCGGUGAUAUGUGGUUGUGGGAACAAAAAUACCUUUCAUGGCGCGCUUUCCUUAUCGAGGACGUCGGCAACGUGUUCUUAACAGGCUCGCUACAUAAUCUAAAGAUUUCCAGUCAGCUUUAAAGUUUCAUGCAAACGUUUGAAACUGCGUUGUCAAUCAAACUUCCCGGCCGUGGUCUUUUUCUUUGUCGCGUUUUUAUCUACCACGGGGCCACUACGUGUGUAUUUCGCUACUGUUGCUCUCCGGAAAAAAGAUAUUCCUUGUUGCACCGCAAAUCCACUUUGCCUCGUUGUUCCGUGCAGCAGUGCACUUUCCCAGCUUGCUCUCUGUAGAUCAACAGUUUUGCUGUACACGUAUGACUGAGUUAUAGCAGAUGAUGUCUGUCCGAAAUAGUCACUUCCUGGACGAGCAUGUCAAGCAUUACUGAAAAUCCACCGUGCCUUCUUUCUUCCACCGCGCAAUUUCGCGGGAAAAUUUAUUUGAUCGUUGUUCUCCAGGCAGCUGAGCCGUCAGAAGUGUCUCUAUGACGAGCGUCUCUUGUUUAAAGCGAUCCUGCGAAACCUCUCGCCGACGCAGCU